AUUUAAAUUCAUUCACCUGCCCCCUUCUAUACCCAAACAAAUGAUCUAAAGCAGGUAAGAUCCAUGUUAUAAAGUUGACCUAAUUAAGUUACAAUUUGAUACAUUUUCUAGAGGUGAGUGCCCCAGAAGGGUAUGUCUAAAUUUGGAAAAUCUAAGUAUCUGAUUACCUGUAGCUAGUUGGAAUUGGACUUGAUUAAAGCUGUAAGUGUUGCUCUAUGACAAACAAUGAUGUGUGGUUGUAAUUACUGUGUGAAGAGAACAAGGUUUAAUUCUAAAAUGAUCAGAAGUAGAUUUAAACAACUCAAGAUGCAGUAUAUUGAUGAUGAUGAGGUCAACCAAGAGGUCCCUGAAAACAAGGCAGGAGUGAGUCAGACCAUGGGCAUCAGCCGCCAGCCCAGACCUCGUCUUCCGGCUCCCAGACCCAAAUCCAUGCACAGUACAAAUGAACUCAACUGGCAGUCCAACUACACCAGUGUUAAGGAACGCAAUGCUGCCAUGUGUAAUAAUGACCUCAUGGCAGACGUAGUGUUCAUUGUGGGACAGAAGUCGACUGGUGGUGUACAACGAAUACCUGCUCAUAAAUAUAACCUGGCUACAGGGAGCUCUGUAUUCUUUGCUAUGUUCUAUGGUGGACUGGCUGAUGGGAAGACAGAGAUAGCAAUACCUGAUGUGGAGCCUGCUGCAUUUCUCAAUUUACUCAAGUACCUAUACUAUGAUGCCAUAGACUUGGAACCAGACACAGUGUUAGCCACCCUGUAUGUGGCCAAGAAGUACAUAGUACCCUAUCUUGCUAAGGCUUGUGUCCAGUUCCUAGAGACCAGUCUUAACGCCAAGAACGCCUGUGUCCUGUUGAGCCAGAGUAGGCUGUUUGAGGAACACGAGCUGAUGCUGAGAUGCUGGGAGGUGAUUGAUGCACAGGCUGAAGAGGCACUGAAAGCUGAAAGUUUUGCCGAGAUUGACCACGAAACUCUGAAAACUGUCCUCUUGAGGGAGACGUUACAUUCACAGGAGACAUCCAUCUUUGAGGCAACAUGCAGAUGGGCUGAGGCCGAGUGCGUUAGGAGAGACUUGGAACCGACCAAUCAAAACAAGAGAAAAGUCCUUGGCUCAGCUCUGUACUUGGUAAGAAUACCAUCCAUGAAGUUGGAAGACUUCGCUAAUGGCCCUGCUCAGUCAGGGAUUCUCACUCUUAAGGAGACUAAUAAUAUUUUUCUGUGGUAUACAGCAACACACAAGCCUCAGCUUCCUUUUCCUGUUAAGUCGCGUGUUGGACUAAGACCCUUCAGAUGCCAUCGUUUUCAGUCAUCUGCUUAUCGCAGUAACCAGUGGAGAUAUAGAGGGCGUUGUGAUAGCAUACAAUUUUCUAUAGACAAGAGAAUCUUUGUCGCAGGGUUUGGCUUAUACGGCUCUAGCAAUGGAUCUGCUGAGUACAGGGUUAAAAUUGAGCUCAAGAAAAAUGGGAUAAUUCUGGGAGAAAAGACCACCAAGUUCUUCUCAGAUGGCUCCAGUAAUACAUUUCCCGUGAUGUUUGAGAAUCCCAUCCAGGUGGAGCCUGAUGCUUUCUACACUGCCAGUGCAAUCCUGGACGGGGCGGAACUGUCAUAUUUUGGGCAGGAGGGAAUGGCGGAGGUGCAGGUGGGAAAGGUGACUUUUCAGUACCAGUGCUCCUCUGACAGCACAAAUGGAACAGGGGUUCAGGGAGGACAAAUUCCUGAGAUAAUUUUCUACGGGUAGACCUUGGAUAGCAGUUCUCACACGUGUACACAAUGCAAAUGUUGUCAAACUGUACAAAUGUUGCAUAAUGUAGUAAAAUGUAUUAAACGUACGAUUGUUUUGAACAUGCCCAGCACAGCUUCAUUCCAACUUGAAUUUCAUUUUUAAGCAUGUAGUUUCUCACCCCUCCUACGUAGGCGUGGUUAUAACAGUGAAAUUGUACUUAAAACGGGCACAUAUCAAGAGUUGUCAAUAAACUGAUUACCUCAUCUUUUUCUGUACACUUGCAUGCAGGAUGCAUGAUAUUUAUUUAUAAUUUUCUUCUGUUUGUUUCUUCAACAGCUAUUAAAUUUAGAGCUGUAAUUGCUGCUCAAUGUAAAGGAGCAGUGGCAAAGGUAAGAGGCAUGUAGAAUAUGUGGAGCUUUCUUGUAUAUAGGUGGUAAUAUUUAUAUAUAUAUUGUGAUAUACAUUUUGUAUGUUCAAUAUAAUUCCUUUUCAAAUAAAUAUUUACAAUUAAUAAAUUAGAAGUAAAUAAUUGUUAACUAGUAAACAUGUUAUCAAUGUAUUUAUUAUACAGCUAGUAUUACUCAAGGAAAUAUCUCUAGUAUUCUUAAAUUGCAUAAAAUAGUAUCAUUCUACAUAGACACACAUGGGAUCUUUUUAAAUCUUCCACCAGUUUAUUUUAAUUGUUAUCUUGAUUACAAUGAAUUGAUAGUUCUUAUUAGCAAGGUCCUAUGCACAGGUGGUUUCGUUAGGACUUUUAUUCUUCAUGUAGAAGCCAAGAUGGUACAAGUGGGCAAAAUAUGUGGAUCAUGUGAUACUGUCAAUUACUUUCAAAGUUGGGCUUUACUUUUCUAAUGAUCUGACAAUAUCUGUAUAUUUAAUUCAUUGAAAG